AUGCUCUAUGUAUUCGACCACUUCUGCCUGCGCAGUAUUCUGCGCGGCCGCUGGCAACACCACACCGUCGGUUCUCGCUGCAAAUUUGGCUCUCUCAGACAAGUCCUGCUCACAGGGAGACUUCAGUGCAAUAACUUCUUCUUCUUCUUCUUCUUCUUCUUCUACUACUUUUCGUCUUCUUCUUCUUCUUCUUCUUCUUCUUCUUCUUCUUCUUCUUCUUCUUCUACUUUUCGUCUUCUUCUUCUUCUUAUACUUUUCGUUUUCUUCUUUUUCUUUUCAUCUUCCUUUGCUUCUUUUCUUCUUCUACUAAUACUUUUUUCUUCUUCUCUACCACUUCUUUUCCCCCUUCUCUUCUUCUUCUAUUUCUUUUCCUCUUUUCUUUUUCUUCUUCUUCUACUUAUUUUCUUCUUUUCUACACUUUUUUAUACUAUUUCUUCUUCUUCUUCUUCUUCUUCUUCUUCUUCUUCUUCUUCUUCUUCUUCUUCUUCUUCUUCUUCUUUUUUACAGUAUCCCUUUCCAUUGUAUGACCACCUAGGCAACAUAUCUACACAGAUGAACGGAGUUGCUAUGUGCUGGCCUUUGAUCUUUAUACUUUUUUUUUCUUCUAUUCAUUUCUGUUUCAUUCAUUUGUACUUCGUUCGGUCGUUCCUUUCUUUCUUCUUUCUAUCCUUCCUUCAUAGCUAUUUAAUUUUUUUUCUCUUAUUUAUUCUGCUGUUUUCAUUCUUAUUUCGUUUCGUUUAUUCCUUCUUUCUUUCCUUCCUUCCUAGAUCUUUAUUCAUUUUUUCUUCUAUCUUUCUGUUUCUUUCUUUCGUUCAUUCGUUCGUUCCUUUCUUUUUUUCCUUCUUCUCAUUCCCUUUCACUAUUCAUUCAUCUUUAUCACUUUUUUUUCAGAAUUCUAUUUGUUUUUAUUUUUCUUCGUUUUUCUUCUCUUGUAUUUUUCUUCUUCUUUUUUUCUCUUCAUACACUUAUUCUCCUUCUUUUCAAUUUUUAGGUACCGCUUUCGAUUUUUUUCCUUCUUCCAUCAUUUGCUUUUCGCUUGCUAUGUUUUCUUUCACUUCUUUUCUUCAUCUUCCCAAUCCGCGUUGUUUUACUUAUAUUUCAUUCUGCCUACUCUUUUCUCCCCACUUUUCCUCUAUCUGUAACCAUUUUUCAUUCUAUUCUUUCUGUUUCAUUCAUUUUUAUUUCGUUCGUCCCUUUCUUUCUUACAAUCCUUCCUUAUUAAUUUUUUUUUUUAUUUCUUCUGUUUCUUUCAUUUUUUCAUCCAUUUCUAUUUUGUACGUUCUUUUAUUUGUUCGUUCCUUCUUUUCUUCCUUCCGUUCAUCUUUUUUCCCAUCCUACCCUCCUAGAUCUGUAUUCUCUUUUUCUUUUAUUCCAUCUGUUUCAUUCAUUUUUAUUUCGUUCGUUUGUGUGUUCCCUUCUUCCUACCUUUUAUCCUUCCUUCCUAGAUAUUUAAUUUCUUUUUUUCUAUUUCUUCUGUUCCUUUCAUUUUUAUUCCCUUCCUUCCUUCCUUCCUUCCUUCCUUCCUUCCUUCCUUCCUUUCUUCCUUCCUUCCUUCCUUCAUCCAUCUUUCCUUCCUUCCUUCUUUCCUUCCUUCCUUCCUUCCUCCCUUCCUUCCUUCCCCUCCCUCUCUUCCUUCCUUCCUUCCUUCCUUCCUUCCUUCCUCCCUUCCUCCCUUCCUUCCUUCCUUCCUUCCUUCCUUCCUUCCUUCCUUCCCUCCCUCUUCCUUCCUUCCUUCCUUCCUUCCUUCCUUCCUUCCUUCCUUCCUUCCUUCCUUCCUUCCUUCCCCUCCCUCUCUUCCGUCCUUCCUUCCUAGAUCUGUAUUUCCUUUUUUUUAUUCAUUCUGUUUCCUUUAUUUUUAAUUCUUUUGUUGGUUUUUUUCUUCCUUCCUUACUUCAUCGAACUUUCUCGUUUUGCAAUCUUUUCACUCUCUUUUCCUUCAUUUUUCUCCUUCGGUCUUACUUCUUUCUCUUCCUUCUUGCCUUCUGCAUUCCAUCAUUUACACUAAGUCACUCCUUCUUUACAUGUUUAUUUACAUUGUCGUUCCGUUUUCUUCCGUCAUUACCUUUCACGAUUUAUUCAUCUUUCUUCGUUUUUCGUCUCUUUUUUUUUCUUCGUUUUUCGUCUCUUUUUUUUCUUCUUCCUUUCUUUCCUUCUUUCUUUUCUCUUUAUACACUUAUUCACCUUCUUUUCAAUUUUUUUUACUUUCACUCCUUUUCUUCAUCUUCUCAAUCCACUUAUUUUUACUCAUAUUUCAUUCUUAUCUACCUACCAUUUCCUUCUCUCUUUUCCUUUUUUUUCUCCUUCUUUACUUAUUCCAUUCCUUGUACUUUAUCCCUUUCUCUUUUCUCUCUUUCUCCCUCCUACUUUUUUUUUUCCAUUUCCCUUCCAUCCUCUUAUUUCUUAUUUUUCUUUCACCAAUUCACCAUUCCUUUCUUUUGUCUCUUUUCCGACAUUCAAUGUCUUUUUUAA